AUGGUCUUGGAUAUGAAAUCAUCGCAUGGCGCCGUGAUCGGCUUUGGUUUGUGGACGGCCGGCCAUAUUGCAACCAUUCUUGGUCACCACACCGUUUUGAUCAACACGGGCAAAGCUUCUCCCAAUGGUUUUGGCCCUAGUCGAGCCGACAGUCCCGAUAGGUUCAUUGGUCGUGUGGGUCGAUCACAUGCCAACUGUACAGAAAACUUUCCCUUGUUCCUGGCCACCGUGGUGCUCAACACAAUCACAGGUGGCCCUGACAUUGCCUCUCUAUCAUGGUACUAUGUGUAUGCCAGGAUGGGCCAAAGUAUCAGUCACUGCCUUGGUGAAACGGACCUCAAUACGACCAUUCGAUUCCUGUGCUUUGGAACACAAUUUGGGUUGCUUGGUAAGAUGCUCUAG